AUAACCAACAUGCCAAGGUCCCCUGACACACUACUGUUUCGUCUCCCGGCCUACUCUGACUCCAUCCUCAACAAGAUGAACGUUCUAAGGGAGAAACAACAUUUCUGUGACAUCACGCUCCUCCUUGGGGGUCUACCGGGGACCCCUGCCCAGUCUCUCCAUUUUCACGGUCACAGAGUUGUCCUAGCAGCAUCCUCUGAUUUCCUGAGGGACCAGUUCCUGCUCCAUGAGGGUCAGGCUGAGCUGAGGGUGGGAGCAGUCUCCAGUGUGGAGGUUGGGAGGAGGCUUCUACUGUCCUGCUACACAGGACUCUUAGAGGUGCCUCUGAGGGAGCUGGUGAGCUACCUGACUGCAGCCAGUGCGCUCCAGAUGACCCAGGUUGCUGAGAAGUGCGCCCAAGCCAUCUCCAAGUACCUCAGCCCCACACUGGCCUUCUUAAGACUUGACAGAAACACAGAUGUGAAAGAAAUCCAUCAGCCAGACAGAUGUCAGCUGAACUCUAACUUAGAAAAUAAGGAGGAAAGAGACACAGCCCAGCCUGGCUCCAGCAACCAGGAAGCAAGCACUGAGGAAUGUAAAAUGGCUGUGAUCCAGUCCAAGACGAGGGUCAUCCAAGGGCAUGAGGUGGAAAAUGAAGAAAAGGAGGUCAGAGAUGAUGACAAGAAAGAGAUUUCUACCGGUGAAGCAUGUUGUCUCUCCACACUGGAGGAAGCUGAAGACAUCAUGUCUCACACAAACAACCAGUCAUAUCGAGGUGAUAAAAUUAUAGGUGGUCCAGGAUGUAGACAACACCCUCCUACACCUACCUCAGUUGAUAAGAGAGGAUGUUCUGCUCAACUUGUAGACAAUUCGCAGAAACAAAAUGAGGAAGAAGAAGAAGAGAAAAGAGAAGAAGAAAUGUUCCUGCUCACAGCUAAAUUCCAAGAAUGUGGAGAAUUGACCUUCUCUGAUCUCACUGAAGAUUCUGACAGCCAGUUGGUUCAGAGGCCAUACCUGUGCAGGAGGUGUGACCGAGUCUUCCAGCACCUGGAGAGCUAUGUGGGCCACCUAAAGGAGCACAGACAGUACCUGUGUUUGGUCUGUGGGAAAGGAUUUUCCCAAAAGAGCAACCUGACCCGACACAUACGGGUCCACACCGGUGUCAAGCCUCUCCGAUGCCCGCUGUGCCACAACACGUUCUCCCAGAAAACCACCCUGCAAGACCACUUCAACCUGCACACAGGAAACAGGCCUCAUAAGUGCCAUUACAGUGGUGUGCAGCCUGCUCACAAGCUGGGCCUCAAGUGCCAUCUAAAGGGCAUUCAUGGUGAGGGAAGCCUGCAGAAUGUACUGGAGGAGGCUGUGGACUUGUGAAGUUAUUGUGCUGAAACAUUGCUUUUACCAAAGUUUAAAGUGUAAUUGCUGCUGACCCUACUUGCUAUGAGCUAACUAUCUAAAAGCCAAAGUCCAAAAUAAUUGGGACAUUGUGUGUAAAGUGAAUAAAAUGGAAUGCAGUGAUUUGCAAAUCCUUUUAACAAAGACAAGAUAUUUGAUGUUCAAACUGAUCAAUUGUAUCAUUUUUUUAAACAGACACACAUUCUGAAUUUGAUGCCUGCAUUAUGUUCCAAAACAGCCGGAAAAAGGGAUAAAGAAAAGCCUGAGAAAGUUGUUAGACUAUCGAAAAACACCUGGAACAUUCCACAGGUAAGUAGGUUACUGAGAGCUACAUACAGGUUUUGGAUCAACAUAUGCUUCCAUCCAGCUGUCUGUUUGAGGGGUGUCUCUACCGAGCUGUAGUAAAAUUUCAGGUUUGACCUUUACUGACCUUACUCAACUGUUCAAAGUUAGGAUCCUCAAAAAGGCCCAGUCUAUCCUGGCUGAUCGCAACCAUCCUUUAUUUUCUGAGUUUAAGCUGCUGCCAUCCGGUCGCAGAUUCAGCCUGCCAGCAUGCAGGACAAAAAGGCUAAAAAACUCUUUUGUCCCCGCUGCCAUCAGCUUUCUAAAGAGUUGGCUGAAGCCCGGGUUAUUUCUUAUUAUGUUUUAUUGUUGUAUUGCCCACUGUCUCUUGUGCUUCUAUUUACUGUGUCAUUCAUGCUGCUUUAAUGAUUGACCUGGAUGUCUGUCUUGACUGCUGGUUGCGAAACAAAUUGCCCUUCACAGGGAUAAUAAAGUGAACCUUAAACCUUGAGCCACAUUCUUCACAAGUUACAACGGCAUGGCUUCACAAUAAAAGAGCGUAGGUGCUAGACCGGCCUGUAUGCAGUGCAGACCUUUCAAUACUUCAACAACUAGUUGAAUUCGUGGUUUGGGCAUCUGAUUAGGGUGCCUCCUCGAUGCGUCUCUGUGGAGUUCUUCCAGGCACAGCCAAAUGGGAGAAGGUCCCGGGAUUGUGUGUAAUUGUUUUAUAGUUAGGUUUUGCAUUUGAAAAACAAACUCCAUUUCUUUGUUACUCAUUGCAUUAGUUAGUGAAUCUGACAUUUCUGAAACACACUAUUUGUUUAGUUGUUUGUAUUUCUGGUGGUGAACAGAAGAAAAUCUAUGGCUAGAUUUAAGUGCCAAAAAAAUAAUAAUUUUUGCACUAUCCCAGUAAGCCACGAGAUGGCGCCAGAUAACCACUGAUAAAAAGAAAAACAAUGUGGGUGUGGCUAUCUGAUAUAUUUACUUCUUAAAGGCACAAAACAGAUCGAAACGUAAACAAAUCUGGUAGAGGACACAUGUGGGAUUAUGGCACUUUUUUACUUUAAUGUCGACAUUGGGAAAAACCAAAACGAAUUCUAUUACUUUUAUCACCCUCUCAGCGAUAGACAGGUCUUUAAUAUGGAUAACUACCUAUCAAGUUUAAUUUUUCAUAACCUUCAUUUACGCCAAGUGCUUCGUUGUAAAUAACAGUUUUGAUCAAACAUUCAAAACGGAUCCUUUACUAUUUUACUGAUAUGAAG